UCAGUGCUCCAGUAUCAUAGAGAGAGAGAGAGAGAGAGAGAGAGAGAGAGAGCAGGGGAUAAGAGAUACAGUACUGAUGGCAGAGAGGAAGGUUCUCGCCAGCUGUUAUUUGUUUCACGGCUGCAGGAAGGCCAUCACACCUCGCAGGAACGGACACACACUUGGCCGGAGGACGGGAAGAGCGCGCGCGCUGCUGCCUGCACACGCGUCCUGCGCUCCACUGAGACCUUUAUAACGAUUUCAAAAAAAGGAGGUGGGAGAAGAAAAAAAAGAAAGUGCGAGAGACAGAGAGAGAGAGAGAGAGGGAAACGCUUCCUCCAGCGCUCUGGCUCGGAUUAUCUCUGGUGCAUGUGCCAGCUGCUGGGGAAUACUUUUAAAUGGCGCGCGGCAAGAACCGAUCAGAGAGUCAGCAGCCGAGCGCGUGGAGCGAGCAGCCGUGAUUAACAUUCCCACACGUCCUCACAGCGCAGGAAGCUCUCCCGCGGACGCUUUAUUUGUGCCGAAGUGUUGCGCCCUGGAGGACAGACUGAGCGAUGUUUGCUUUUAGUAAGGGUCACGGCUCGCUCAGGAUCCUCGGGGACUCCACCGCGCGCGCCACCGGCGCUUCCUCGCGCCUCUACUGCGCAUUUAUCCUCCUCAUCCUCAUCCUCACACCCCGCGUGGACUCAUCCUGGUGGUACAUUGGCGCUCUGGGCGCGCGGGUAAUAUGUGAUAACGUGCCAGGUCUGGUGAAUAAGCAGAGACAGUUGUGUCAGAAGUAUCCAGACGUAAUGCAGUCGAUCAGCGAGGGAGGAAAGGAGUGGAUCCGUGAGUGUCAGCACCAGUUCAGACACCAUCGCUGGAACUGCAGCACAAUCGAGCGCGACCACACUGUCUUCGGCAGGGUCAUGCAACGCAGCAGUCGGGAGGCCGCCUUUGUGUACGCAAUCUCCUCGGCGGGUGUUGUGUACGCUAUUACCCGUGCUUGCAGCCAGGGGGAGUUAAGGACGUGCAACUGCGACCCGCACAAGCGUGGCAAAGCAAGAGACGAACGAGGCGAGUUCGAUUGGGGCGGCUGCAGCGACAAUAUUAACUACGGGAUAAAGUUUGCUAAAGCCUUCGUAGACGCCAAAGAGCGGACAGUGAAGGAUGCACGAGCACUUGUGAACCUUCAUAACAAUCGCUGUGGAAGAAUGUCAGUGAAACGCUUUAUGAAGCUAGAGUGUAAGUGUCAUGGCGUCAGCGGCUCCUGCACCUUAAGGACUUGCUGGUUGGCGAUGUCCGACUUCAGGAAGACCGGAGAUUACCUCCGCAAAAAAUACAAUGGUGCCAUUGAAGUCACCGUGAACCAAGAUGGAGCGGGAUUCACCGUGGCUCACAAGGACUUCCGGAACGCCACCAAAAAUGAUCUGGUGUACUUCGAGAACUCACCUGACUACUGCUUAAUGGACAAAGCUGCAGGUUCUUUAGGCACAGCUGGUCGCAUCUGCAACAAAUCAUCUCGAGGAACAGAUGGCUGUGAGGUGAUGUGCUGUGGGCGAGGCUACGAUACAACACGUGUGAAGCGCAUCACCAAGUGCGAAUGUAAGUUUAAAUGGUGCUGCGCUGUUGAGUGUAAAGACUGCGAAGAGGCUGUGGAUAUACACACCUGCAAAGCACCGAAACGAGCCGAGUGGCUGGACCAGACCUGAGACCUGGCCAAGUUCUGUCUUCCUUCGUCCUCCUCAAGAUCUCCUGUGAACGAUGGUAUUCUGGGAUAUGAUGUCCAUCCUUCAUGGCUCCUCUCCCUGAUCCUUAUUCCUUGUUGCAUGGCUUUAUUAUAACUCUCUGUGAAAGCACUACAACUAAAAAAAACUGCAUUUCCCAUGAGCGCCUUGCACACUAUGUCCAACCCGGCACAUUACUCUGCCUCUCUCUUGCUCUUUAUUUUAUGGUAUUGAAUUGGGCAGAGGACACUAAGAGUGUAAGAAUGAGCUGCGUUGCAACUGUGAACUUUUUUGUUGGUGGUUUUUAUGUAUUGUUUUCUGUGAAUUUCCAAAGAUAUGUUGUUCCUCAAGUAGUGUUUUGUGCUGCAUUUAAAAUGCUUUAAGGACUUUAUAAAAGAACUCUAGGCCUCACUAUAAUACCACUUACUUGUUAUUGAGAACACAACUAUGUGCUUUGUACCAGUCAUACCCCUAUAACAUUGUCUCGCUUUGACUGAUAACGAAUGUGAAAGGAGGCAGCAGCAUAAAGAGAAGAAAUGGCCUAGAGCUUUGCACACUUUCCAGAUAUGGCCAGAUUUUGGACAGAAGACCUCAAAGGAUUUUACAGAACUUUUUCUGAAAGAUGAAGAGACAGAGAGAGUGGGAGUUUAAAAAAAAAGGUCUAAAUAUAAAGAUGAGCCUGCACUAAGAACACUAUCUAACCAAAAAUGUAAAUAUUAAUGCAUAAAUUGCAAUAAAAGGAAAUGCAUAAUUAUGAGCAUUAACACGAAAUAUGUGGUCCAAAACAUCCGUUCAGACUGAAAGUACUGGUUUGAUUUAUAGUGGAAUUAUGGUGUCACAUAAAUGCUGAUGUUUUGGCUCUUCUGUAUAACUUCUGUAUACUGCAUUGAUAUUUAAACAAAAGUUCACAUAAAAAAUAUGAAGUAUUAA